UGCUGCUGCUGCCGCCGCCCCCUCGGAAUCCUCUCCCAGAACUUUCAUUAAAGUCGGCGUCUCCCCCGAGCCCGCGGCAGAAGAGGCACCGUCGGCUGCCACGCGCGGACACGCUGCUCCCUGGACGCGCAGCAGGCGAGCUCGCAGGGUGUGCGGCGGCGGCGGCGGCGGCAGAGGAAGCGAGGCGAGGCCGAAGGAGUACGGUUCGGGCUGAUGCAAUUUUCUCACUAAGAGGAUCCUCCACCUUGACAGCGCGCCUGAAAAGCCCGGGCGAGGCACCGGUGGGAAGCGGCAGGAGGAGACGGGAGCGGCAUGGAGAGGCUUCCUGUCUCUUUGGUCUAAUUUGCGCUUCUGUCUGAGCUCUCUGUGUAGCCUGGGAAGCCUAGCCAUCAAGACGGACAGUGGGCAGCUGGGCGCUCACAUCACGGCCCCCAACCAUGGCAGAAAAAUGCAGUGAGGGGUUGCUGAAUGGUGCUGUGCCUGGCGAGACGUCUAAGCGAGACGAGAACCUCAAGCGUGGCAACUGGGGCAACCAGAUCGAGUUUGUUCUCACGAGUGUUGGCUACGCUGUUGGGCUUGGCAACGUAUGGCGCUUCCCUUACCUCUGCUAUCGCAAUGGGGGAGGUGCUUUCAUGUUCCCCUACUUCAUCAUGUUGGUGUUCUGCGGGAUCCCCCUCUUCUUCAUGGAGCUCUCGUUCGGACAGUUUGCUAGCCAGGGUUGCCUUGGUGUCUGGAGGAUUAGCCCCAUGUUCAAAGGUGUUGGCUAUGGUAUGAUGGUUGUGUCCAGCUACAUUGGAAUCUACUACAACGUUGUGAUCUGCAUCGCCUUCUAUUAUUUCUUCUCAUCAAUGACACGGGUGCUACCCUGGACGUACUGCGGCAACUACUGGAACACACCUGAUUGCGCUGGUGUGUUGGACGUUACCAAUGGCUCAGCUGGGUCAUCACUCAACUUCACACAACUCUUUAACCAGACAGUCAAGCGUACGAGCCCCAGUGAGGAAUACUGGAGGCGGUAUGUGCUGAAGCUGUCGGAUGACAUUGGGAACCUGGGCGAGGUACGGCUCCCUCUUCUGGGUUGUCUGGGCGUCUCUUGGGUCGUCGUCUUCCUCUGCCUCAUCAGGGGUGUCAAGUCCUCAGGAAAAGUUGUGUAUUUCACGGCAACCUUCCCGUACGUGGUGCUGACAAUCUUAUUUGUGCGGGGGAUAACCCUUGAAGGAGCCGUUACCGGGAUCAUGUACUAUCUGACACCACAGUGGGACAAAAUUCUUGAUGCAAAGGUAUGGGGAGAUGCGGCUUCCCAGAUCUUCUAUUCAUUGGGCUGUGCCUGGGGUGGACUUAUCACCAUGGCAUCAUAUAACAAGUUCCACAACAACUGCUACAGGGACAGCAUCAUCAUCAGCAUCACCAACUGCGCCACAAGUGUCUAUGCAGGCUUCGUCAUCUUCUCCAUCCUUGGCUUCAUGGCCAAUCAUCUAGGUGUGGAUGUUUCCAAGGUGGCUGAUCAUGGUCCUGGCUUGGCCUUCGUGGCAUAUCCAGAGGCACUAACACUACUUCCUGUCUCACCCCUUUGGGCUGUUCUCUUCUUCUUCAUGCUCAUCCUGCUGGGGCUGGGAACACAGUUCUGCCUCCUGGAGACUCUGGUCACAGCCAUUGUGGAUGAAAUAGGAAAUGAGUGGAUCAUCCGUCGGAAAACCUUUGUGACUCUAGGUGUGGCUGUAGUGGGCUUUCUUCUAGGGGUUCCACUCACUACACAGGCUGGCAUUUACUGGCUGUUGUUAAUGGACAACUAUGCAGCAAGCUUUUCACUUGUCGUUAUUUCGUGCAUCAUGUGUGUGUCUAUCAUGUACAUCUAUGGGCACCGAAACUACUUCAAGGACAUUGAGAUGAUGCUGGGCUUCCCACCACCCAUGUUCUUCCAAAUCUGCUGGAGAUUCAUCUCUCCUGUUAUUAUAUUUUUCAUCCUCGUGUUCACAGUGAUCCAGUACCGACCGAUCUCCUACAAUACCUAUGUGUACCCCACCUGGGCCAUCUCCAUCGGUUUCCUUAUGGCGCUUUCAUCAGUCAUCUGCAUCCCUAUCUAUGCCGUCUUCUGCGUGAUGCGCUCAGAAGGGGACUCGCUGAUGCAGCGUUUGAAAAACGCUACCCGUCCCAGCCGCGAGUGGGGCCCAGCCCUUAUGGAGCACCGGACAGGCCGCUAUGCGCCAGUACUCAGCUCUUCCACAGAGUCCCAGCUGGAGGUGCAGCUGCUGAACCCCGAGAAGCCCAAGAGUGACGAGGCUGGAGUGGCUGUUGCCAUCACCGUGGGAACCAAUGGCUCUACCCACAGCCAGGACUCCAAGAUCUGAACAUGAGCCUGGGAGGCAGGGCAGGGAGCCCUCCUUGCACCUCCCCUCUCCCACCUGCCCUGGUUCUCCAAACCCUACUCUGCUCAGAUAUACGACAGUGCCCCCCACUGGGUGGGGGAGCCCUGGCUCCCUG